AUGUUUAGCAAAGUUAUUUCCAGUACUCAAAAACACUGGGAUGAGUUCCUUCCUUUAGUAAUGUAUGCGUACAGAUCAUCUAUUCACGAAAGUACAGGUGAAACACCUGCUAUAAUGAUGUUCGGGCGAGAAUUAGAUUUACCCAUUGACAUGUUGUUCAGAAAUCACGCUUGUGACCAAAGUGACCAGAACGUAUGUACUUACUUAGAGACUUACUUGGAGAAGAUGUGGAAAAGUCAUGACUUAGCACGUGAACAAAUUACUAAAGCUAGUGACAAGCAGAAAAGACAGUAUGACCUUAUAUCUACCAGUAACACAUUUUCUGUGGGAGAGGCUGUUUGGUUGUUUAACCCCUUUUGUGGGAAAGGGAAAUCUCCCAAGUUGAAAUGUAAAUGGGAUGGACCCUAUACAGUGAUUAGGAAACUGUCUGAUUUAGUUUAUCAGAUUCAGAAAGGGCCCAAAUCUAAGUAA